AUGGAGGUUGUUGAAGUAUUCAGGGAAGUAAAUAAAGACUACGAUGAAUCAGAGUUGGAGAAAAAGUGUUCACUUAGAUCAAUGUUUUUGCAAGCUCUAGGAGGAAACUGUAUUAGUUUAUGGGAAGAUCUAAGCUUAUUCGUGGCUUCUAACGUAGAUUUUUUGCGAUCGGUAAAAGAUGAGGCUGAGUUCAAAUAUUUUGCCAACCUAUCAAUGAAGAUUCUUCAAAUUUUGCUCAACAAACAUCCUACAGACUUGUCAUCAAGCUCGAUGACACGUCUAAGAUCAAUUUUUGUUGAACUUUCUGAAGUAUUUUCGACGGUCUUGUAUACAGGAACCACAUUGUCAAACAUGUUGGAAAGUGGUGAACCGGUGGCUGCUUCACUUUUAACUUCAUGGGACUGUAGUGACAGUGAUCUUUGCAGUAGUUCUCUGUUCACAGAUGAAGAAUCAAACGAUGAACCACAUUAUAUAUUUAGUACAUUUGGUAUACUGGCAGUUACCGAAACUGAACAGGAGCAUUUAAAUCUCACAGAAUGGUUUUCAGAAGCAGUUUUAUGUGAAAUUUUAAUGAAAAAUUCUGCAUUUCGUUACCUUUCAGCUUGGAAAUCUUUUGUUACCUGGCGCCAAAUUAUGAACAGAAGGAAAUUCAGGAGAAUAAAUAGUUUUUUAUCAAAUAAUUGCCUGAUCGUAAAUCCUGUAUAUGCUCGAUUAUUUCAAGUUGUUCAAAGCCCGUUGAAUAUAGUACAAUUUUGUGCUGAAAUUAACCGGAAUCUACGUUACAAUACUGUUUUAAUGUCACAUGUAACAAACUGUAUAUUUAUUGCAUUCAAAUAUGCAAGAGAAAUAAAUCAAACAUUGUCAAUUACUGAAACUUGGAAAAAAAGUUUAGCAAUGAAAAAUGAGUUGGAAAAGUUGCGUAAUCAAUUGAAUAGUUUUCCAAAUUUAUUCCGUUGUAUACGUUAUCGAUUGAUAAGUUACACUUUAAAUAAAUUCCAGUCAAGCAUACAAGAUUAUAUUAAUGAGAAAUUGAAUUUGAGUAGUAAAGAAGAAAGAGAUACGUACAAGAUGAAUAUCAACAAAGAUAUAAUGCAGAAGAAUUUUCGAUUAGUUAUUUAUCCUGUUUUAUUAAAAAAAUCUGAGAAACAAAGUCAAUUAAUUUUUUGGCCUCCACCUUCCACUGUAAUAACCAUUUUCAAAUUGACGUUUGAACAAUUAAAAGAUUCACUACAUCUAAACGAAACUAUAUCAGAAAAUGAAUUAACUCAAAUAUACUUUAAUGAGGAGAAAGAAAUUCAAAAUAUCCGUGAAACUAUUGACAGUCAAGUUUAUGCUAACUCUAUAGUUCAAAUGUUUUACAAAAAUUCUGUUUCAUUUAAUUUAAAUUCUUCAAAACAUACAACCAAAAUUCCAUGGAAUAUAAUCAGUUUAACAGGAUUGGAAGAAACAAAUGUAUACAUUCGUGAUAUGGUUCAUAGUUAUCUACCAUCUUAUGCAAAUUUCGAGAAAGGCCUUAUACCUGAACAUCAGUUUCAACAAAAUGAAUCGAUAUUAUCCUGUUUGGAUUUGGAUCAACCUGAUCUUAAUAUUAGAGGUCAUAAUUGCUUCCCUACUAUUGAAAAUGCAUCUCAGAUGGGAUUACGUCCUCUUAUUGAACAACAAUGUAAAGCUAUGAAACUUUAUGACAGCUUAAUGAUCCCAUGGAGUAAGAGAUUUUAUGAGAAAACAAAUAACAUUAUUCUAUCUAUACAAUGGAUUAUUGAUAUGAAUGAAACAAUAAAUGAGUUAGACGUGUUACUACAGAACAAGGAUUUUCACACGGAAUUACAUAGGCAUCAACCUGUAUUUCAAGCAUCAGUUGAAUGGAUUAAUCAUUUGAUAAAUCACAUAAAAUAUGAAAAUGUUUUGUUCGACAAUGAAAAUGACAAAAUGUCCUGCUUCAUUUUAAUCGACUAUAAUCCAUUGUUUAAUUUAUUGUAUAAUGAAAUGGUAGAAAAGUUAAAUAAAUUAUUUUCACUAUUUAUAACAACUAUUCAAAAUUCAUUCAUAUCAAUCAAUAAUCAAUUGGAUGAAUUUAUUCAAAAACAUGCUAACAUUCAAUCGGAUUUUAAUGGAUUCAUACAAGUUGUUAUGUACUUACAUAUUAAUACUAAUUGUUAUGAGCAUUAUGCCCUUGAUCAUGAUAAUUUAUGUCGUCAAGUUGAAUCUUUCUCACCAGACUAUUGGAAUCAUUGUUCAAAACUAUUAAAUAUACCAUUCACUGUAAACUGGAAAAAUUGUACAGUUGAUGAUUUAAUGAAGGAUACUAAGAAUAAUUUAUUGAAACAAAAGUAUAAAUUAGAAGAAACUUGGAAAAUAUUUCAAUACUUACAGUCUAUUCAACAAAUAAAAGCAACAAUUGCUAGUGAAUUCUUAUCAUUAAAUAUUCAAUUUAUUUCAAUGAAUUCACAUUCACAAUUGAUUAAAUCUGUCCAUUCAUCAUUUCUAAAUGAAUAUAUUGAACAAACGAACCAGAAUAUUUCUGAAAGAAGGUCAUUCAAAAAUAAGGAUUGUGCAAAAGAAAUCCGAUAUCCUUGGAUAUUCUUGAAUAUUGAUAAUUUAAUUGGAAAGCUCUAUGAAUUAUCAUGUAAACUCCAAGGUUUACUAGAUUCUGAACAUGUGAACCGAAUCAAAUCAAAUGAAACAACAAAUGAAUAUCUACUUGAAAAUGAUUACUAUUUACUGAAGCAGUUAAAUCAAAUAAAAGAUACAUUAUGCAAUAUCAAGUUAAUACAAAAUUAUUGGCUAUAUUUAUAUCGAUCACAUUCACUCAAUCAAUAUACUGAAGAAUGUGGCUCAAGUCAAUUUAUUGCAUUAACUGAUAAUUAUGCCCAUUUACAAAGUAAUGCUUUAUUAAAUGAUCAAGUGAUCAUUGUCCAAUCUAUUGAAUGUGAAGACAAUGAACUAAUUCAAAUAAAAUGCAUUAAUUUAAAAUUUUUAAUUGAAAUUAUUCAUUGUCAAUCGAAUUUAUGGUUGACAUUAAAAGAUGCUCUUGAUGAAAGUGUUAAUAUGUUCGAUAAAUCACUUGAUGAAAUUACUGAAACAUUUCCACAUUUUUGUUUAUUGUCCAAAUUGGAAAGAAUUGAACUGUUAAGCAAUUGGUGCAUUCCAUAUUGUGAUUAUGCAGCUCCAUUGAAUUGUUCCAUUGAAAAUGACACUGAUCAAGAACACAAUUCAUAUCAGUAUAAUUUAAAUCAUAAUUUAAUUUAUGGCGGAUUAAUCAAUUUGAAUAAAUGGAUAAAACGUUUAUUUCCAUUUCUAAUUGAUUUUGUAAUGAUUACUAAAGUCAUUAAUGAAUUCAAUCAGUUUAUUGAACUAUCAAAUUCACUAAUAUGGAUCCCAUCAAUUUGUCAAUGGUUUACACAAUUUUGUUCACAAUUAAAAUUCGCAUUUUUAAGCAUGACUUUGAAUUCUCUAUUGGAAGUAGAAGAGAAUAAUGAAAAGAUAAAUGGGUUGAUUGCAAAACAACAAAUGAUACCUGCAGUUAUUUUGGAAUUAACAAUACGUAUUUUUAACUGGCGAAAAUUAGAGAAAGUUAUCAGAAUAGAAGAUAAGAAAGAUGAAUUCAAUAAAAUAAUUGAAUACUUUGAAAAAGAACAAUUAAACAAUAUUGUUGAAUUAUUGAAAGCUGUUUCAUUAAAUUCAAUGAAAUCCAAUCAGUUGAAUUCAAGAGUCAAUCAAUUGACAUAUCAAAUUUUGAUUGGAACAAUUUUGGGAUUUAGUUAUUUAGUACAAGAUUUGAAAAAAGCGUCAAAUUUAGAUGAGAAUAAUUUUAUUUGGCAACGAUUAAUUAAAACGCAGCUCAUUAGUUCGAUAUUCAAUAAUAAAGGAAACGAUAACCUGUUAAAUGAAUUAAAUGAAUACAAUGAAAUUCCAACAAUUGGGAUAAAACAAUUUUCAACAAUUCAUCUUUAUAAAUGGGAUAAUCAAAGUUUACUGACCAACAAUAACACAUCAUUUAUACCUUUAUUACCUACUUCACAAGAAUUGAUUAAACUUGGAUCAGCAUUAAAUAGUCAUCAGUUUGGAUUAUUAAUUGGAUCAUUUGGGAUUGGUAAACAGACAAUGAUUCGUCAAUUAGCUUUUCUACUUGGUCGUUGUCUUGUCGAAUUUUCAUCAAACAUAUUCAAUGAUUAUAAUAGUUUAGAUACAUUUGAGAAGAAAUUGAAAAAUGAUAUUCUCAAUUGUGCACGAGUGGGUUGUUUAUUUUCAAUUAUGAAUAUUCAUUUUGUAGAUUAUGCAAAAAAUCUUCAACAAUCCGUUGAAAAUAUCAACAAAAAUGGUCAUAAAUUAAUGAUUUUUCAUCAAAUGAAUCAUUAUUCACACAGUGCUUGUUCAAAACAAUGUUUAUUUAAUCAACAUGUUGCCAUUGACCCCGGUUUUGGAUUAUUAGGCACAUUUGACUCUGGAAAUUAUCAGCAUCUUUCAAAAGGACAAAGACUUUCAUUUCGUAAUAUAACCAUUGGAUGCCCAAAUUAUUCAUUCAUUGUUCAAUGUCUGCUCACAUACUAUUUUCCUGAAUAUCAAAGUCAGUCAGUAAAACUUCGACUAGUCAGUCUGUUCGACAGAUCAUUAACAUAUUUUAUGAAUGAAUCAAUUCCAAAUUACAAACAAACAAAUAUUUACUAUUUAUCAUUAUUAUUUAUAAUAAGAUCAUUUGAAAUUGCUAAGCAGUUUUGGUUGGAAAAAUUUCAUCAUCUUCAAGAAAAGCGUAAACAAACUGCACUGAAAUCAUCGUUGAUAUUAAGAAAAGAAGAGGAUAGAUUAGCUCAGGCUGCAAUUAUAUAUGGAUUGACCAAAGUUUACAGGAUAAAUUUAUCAGCCGAUCAUAUUAAAUAUAAGCCUGAAAACAUUUUAAUUCAAUCCAACUUAAAUUUCAAUUGGUUAUUAGCCAUUGAACAAUAUUUAUCCUUAAACUCAGCCAUACCUUUCGUGCACAAUGAUGAGGAGCAUUUAAAAUGUGAUAAUUAUAUAUGUCCUAAAGUUUCAUGGGAAUUUAUUCAUCGACUAUUGAGAGAAAUUAGUGUAUGUAAUUUAGAAAUAAUCGAUAGUCAGUUAAUAAAGAUAAUUGAAUUAUGGCAAUUAAUUCAUUUAAAUCAUCCUAUUGUAAUUACUGGUCCGGUUGGAUCAGGUAAAAGUACCAUUUUAAAAAUACUAAUUUCUGCAAUCAAUUGGUAUCAUAGUGUAGACAGAAAAAAAUCGAUUAAGUAUUUUUCCUCAUUCUCAAAGUCAACUCAAUCGUCACCAUCCAAAUCAUCAUCGUCAUCGGCAACAACAGCAGCAUCAUUUGAAUUAUCGCCAUCAUCAACACGGACAUUCACAUCACCAUCAUCAUACUCGAAAGAAUUCGAUUCUUUUUCAAUUCAAAACAAGCAGAACAAUGAAAGUCAGUCAAAAAAUGAUGACGAUUUCACAUUAAAAGAGAGUUUGAAAUUUUUCAAUAUCCCAGGUACAUUAAAUUCAUAUCUUAAUAAGUUCGAUCUUAUUUCAACACAUUCCAAUUUAAACCAAUCUAAUGUCUAUGAGAAAAUCAUUUCAUUCAAACACUUAUUUCCUUAUUCAGAUGAACAUUUAAUGAAUUUCUGUCUGAAUGAUAAUAAUGUUAUUGAAUUAGAAGUUGAUAGAUUAAAUAUCAGUGAAGAAUGGUUAUUGUUGGAUUUAAGUGAUCAAUCAAUUGAAUAUUUGACAUUUUUAAAUGAUAUUAACCAACUGAAUUUAUUGAAAGCAGUUAAAACUUCAAAUUUCACAAAGAAAUGGUUCAUCGAAAAAACAACCAUAGAUGAUUUCUCUCCAAGUUUAAUUCAUCAAUUUUCAAUUUUGUCCACUGAAGUUAACAACGUAUUAAAUUGGUUACAUUUAUGGAGAAUUUGGCGUAAAACAUGUUAUUCAUCAUAUAUGAUCAUUCAAACAAUAUGGGAAAAAAUUCUCAAUGAACUAGUUGAUCACAUACCGAAAUUAUUAGAUCAAACUUGGGAGUUGAUGAAUCAAUGGUGUUUUAGAGAUGAAAAUAGUUCUUAUCAUUUAUGGAAUAUGAAAUCUUAUAAGAAUGCAUUUUGUCAACAAACUAUAAGAAAUUGUUUAUCUUUAAUGUCUGAAAUGUUGAAUCAAUAUUUUUUAAAAGAAAUAUGGGAAUUACGCAAAGAUGGCAUAAAACCAUGUAAGUAG